AUGGCUCAAGCUCUUGGUAUCUGUCUCCGGCUUCUUGAGAACAACAGAUCCUCUGAUAGUGUGCGGAAUACUGCAGCAGCAACCUUCAGGCAAGCAGUGGCACUGAUUUUCGAUCACGUGGUUUGUGCUGAGUCAUUACCUACUGGCAAGUUUGGUUCUGGAGGAUACAUUUCUAGGACGAAUUCGGUCACUAACGACGUUACUCGCAAUAUUAAUCGCUUAGAGUCGUUGGAGCAAGAAGUUAUCUCUGGAGGGCAGCCAUUGAUGAGGGAGACCCUAACUAAAAGUGGAAAGCUUGGGCUGCGCUUGCUUGAGGACCUGACAGCUCUUGCUGCAGGCAAUUUGGUUGCAUGUCAGUUCUGUCCAACGGACGUUUGCACUUGA